UUCUUUCUUUCUUUCUUUCUUCUUCUUCUUCUUCUUCUUCUUCUUCUUCUUCUACUUCUUUCUUUCUUGAAACCCCAAAUCUCCCCAUCCAACGGCUCUCAUUCACCCCCCGACGACGCCACAGUUACCACCCUUCUCUUUCUUUAUACAAAUAAAUAAAUAAAUAAAUAAAUAAAUAAUAAUUUUCCUUUUUUCUCUCUAACAAUUUUAAUUUCUUUUUUUGCCUUCUUCAAUCAAUUAAAAUAAAUUUCCUUUUUCUCUCUUUCUGUUCUCCUUCUGUUUGGUAUUGCGAAACUCGAAGAUCGGAUCCAGCGCUUUCUCUCCAAACCCUAAUACCCAAAAACAAAACAGAAAAAAAUUAAACAUAUUCUCCCAAUCUCUUCCUUCUUCUAAUUUCUUCAUUCAUGGACUUCAAUCGCUCCAACACAAUUUAACGCCGUCCGAUUCAUCCCAAAAGAAUUUUGUUUUUGCAGUUGGCUUUUCUUUUUAAAAUAUGUCGUCAUCAAAUUCACCAUGUGCGGCUUGUAAAUUCCUACGAAGAAAAUGCACCCAAGAAUGUGUAUUCGCACCGUAUUUCCCACCAGAUCAGCCACAGAAAUUUGCCAAUGUCCACAAAGUCUUCGGCGCAAGCAACGUAGCCAAACUUCUAAACGAACUCAACGCUACACAACGUGAAGACGCCGUUAAUUCCUUAGCCUACGAAGCCGAAUUCCGUUUACGUGAUCCCGUUUACGGUUGCGUUGGUUUAAUCUCCGUUCUUCAACAUAAACUCAAACAAAUGCAAACCGAUCUCUACAAUGCUAAAAAAGAAUUAGCUUCUUAUAUUGGUCCUCAAGCGAUGCUUCCUAUUCUCCAACCUCAAACCACUCCUUCCCCUUACAAUCAUCAUCUCUCCCCUAUGAUGGGCAUUGCUCCAUCCCCUUCACCUUCCCCUUCCGUUCCCGGUUCCUCGCAACAAAUGAUUAUUCGGGACUCCGCCGUUACCACUCCUGCUCAUCAUCAUCAUCAUCAUUUACAACAACAGCAACAACAAUUGUUUGAGGCACAACAAUUGGCGGCUGCGGUUGCGGCGAGAGAACAGGAAAUGUUUAAAGCUUAUGAACAUAAGCAAAGCCAACAACAACAAAGGCAGCAAGAGCUAUUGAGCUUUAACAACAACAACGUCAACAAUCAAAUGGGUGCUUCUAAUUUGACAUUGGGAACAUUUGUGGAUAAUUCCUAUCAACAAAUUCAACAGCAUGAUCAUCAAAAUUCUUCAUCACAUCCACUACAAGUACAACUGUUUCUUCAACCACAACAAACACAGCAACAGCUUGAACAACAACAUCAUCAUCAUCAUCAAUCUCACAAGCCUGAAUCUACUACACAUGCUGAUGAUGGUAGGAUUAAUAACAACAAUAUUAACAUCGGUCCAUCUUGUUAGUUUUAUUUUCUCUUAAUUUUAGGGAUUGAUUUUGUUUUGUUUUUCUUUUUUUAAUGAUGAUUAUGACAAGACUGUUUCAUGGAUGGGAUUAGUUUUAAAUGGGAGGGAGUAUUAGCAUGCACAGCAGGAAAGAUGCUUUUUGCAUUUAUGAAUUAUCUUUUUUUUUUUUUCAUUUUGUUUUAAUGUUAAACAAAAAAAAAAAACAAAAAAAGAGGAAAAAAAAUACAAAUGUUGCAAUAUUAUUUGGUUUUUGUGGUAAAUGGCUAAUUAAAGUCCCAUUUUUUCUUUUGAGUGAAGGAGGGUGUCCUAUAAAAGGAAUUAUUGUC